GAGCACGCGCCAGUAUGAUGAUGUGAGACAUGAUCAAUGUAUUGUCCAUUAUUAAAAUCAACAUUUGCAUUUUAUAUUGUGUAUUUUAAAGCGUGAGAUGCAUUUAUCUGUUAAAAAAGCUUUUCGAGUUUUAAAGCACGCAUCAGUGAUAUCUCUGGUAAUGCAUGACUUGAGAUUGUCAUGGCAACGUGUUAUCAAGACAUUAAUUCUAAACAUCAUUAGCAUGAUCAGACAUCCGGUUGAUGUCUUGUGGUAGUUAGGUUAAUACGCUUACAUAUAAUAAAAAAAACACAAGUGUAGAAAGAGUUCUGCAUAGGUCUCGCCAUAUGAAAAUGAACAAUGGUUUUAUUACAGUUACUAGAGGCAGUGGAACGGAGACUCCACCAUGCCAGCAGACGAAGUUCGACAAAGGAAAGGAGGAGGCCGCAAAAAGUCCAAGAAGGGUAAAGGGAAGGGGCAGGGUGGCCUGGAUCGGACGAGUAGUAUAGAUGACCAAAAUGACCUGCUCUUACCCACUCCUGCCACACCACCCAAGAAGCUUGUGGAGGAGAAGCCCAAAACGGCCCAGGCGAAGAUAGAAGAUGAAUCCUUCAUCUCUAUCUGUCUGCAGGUGCUGUUCCCCUACCUGCUGGCUGGGAUGGGGAUGGUGAUGGCCGGCAUGGUACUGGACAGCGUUCAGCAUUGGGACGUGUUUAAGGUGAUCACAGAAGUCUUCAUCCUGGUACCUGCUCUGGUCGGGCUGAAGGGAAACCUGGAGAUGACUCUCGCAUCUCGUCUCUCUACUGCUGCUAACACUGGGCAAAUGGAUGACCCCAAACAGCAGUGGAUGAUGGUAACAUGUAAUCUUGCCCUUAUUCAGGCUCAAGCCACUGUGGUGGGCUUUCUGGCGGCUCUCGCGGCCGUGGCGCUGGGUGCUGUGUCCAGAGGUGGUGUGGAGCUGGACCAGGCGGCUGUGCUGUGUGCUAGCAGCAUCACCACCGCGUUUGUGGCUGCGCUGUCUUUAGGUCUGGUGAUGAUUGGUGUGAUCAUUGGUUCAAGGAAGGUGGGCAUCAACCCUGAUAACGUGGCCACACCGAUAGCAGCCAGUCUGGGCGAUCUUAUCACACUUUCUCUGCUGGCUGGAGUGAGCAGCACGCUGUUCCAAUACAGAGAUGUGUGGUAUUUGUCCCCGCUGGUGUGUGGGUUCUUUCUUCUGCUCAUCCCACUCUGGGUGCUCAUCGCCAGACGGAGUCCACAGAUCAAAGAGGUUCUGAAGUCCGGCUGGCAGCCUGUUAUAGUGGCCAUGUCCAUCAGCAGUUUUGGUGGUCUCAUUCUUGAUAAGACUGUGAGUGAUCCAAACUUCGAGGGCAUGGCGGUCUUCACGCCAGUCAUUAACGGUGUGGGAGGAAAUCUGGUGGCCAUCCAGGCCAGUCGCAUCUCAACUUAUCUUCAUUUCGGGAGCAUACCUGGAGUUUUGCCCUAUAAGAUGAGACAGCACUGGCCCAACCCCUGCGUCACAUUUUUCUCCUCAGGAGUAAACUCAAAAUCGGCUCGGGUUCUGUUCUUGCUGGUGGUGCCCGGUCAUCUCUUGUUUCUCUUUGCCAUUAAUAUGCUUCAAGGAGGUCACACUGCCAUCACUCCUGCCUUCAUCUGCUGUUACCUGAGCGCUGCUCUGCUUCAGGUCGGGAUCCUUAUUUAUACAGCUGACUUAAUUGUACGUUUAAUGUGGAGGAAAGGCCUGGACCCGGAUAACUUCUCCAUCCCAUACCUGACUGCGCUGGGAGAUCUGUUAGGUACCGGUUUCCUCGCCUUGUGUUUCCAUCUGGUCAUGUUAGUGUAGGGGCUCGGUCUGUAAGACGCUCGCCUCUUUCAUCACCAUGGACUCAUGCUGUCUUUGGGGCCCCUGUCGCCCAUGCUGGCUGCAGUGACUUUGAAGAAAGAAGAGUAUGAACUUUACCUCUGUGCUGACAGGAUUGACUGAAAACUGACAGGAAACACAGUCCGUUAUAUUAUAGUUACACUUGAUAUUUAGGUGUGUUGUCCUUUUGCUCGGACGCUGCUUUCAGAUCACCUGUAUGUUCAGAGCUACUGUAAUUUUAGGUAUGGACCACCAUGUAAAGUGCCAUGUAUAAAUUAAAUUUGAAGUUUACAAGAUGUAAAGACCCAGAAGGAUUCUGGGCUAUAAUGUUUCUGGAGUUUUAUUCUUGAGUGAAAUUCACUAAAGUAUUUUAAAAACUGAAUCAGGAUCUGUUUUAGGGUACAUGGUAAAGCCUCGAAACUUUGAUGGAGGUCAUUCCUUUGCUGUUUUACUAAAUGCAUACAACAUGCUGCUGGAUAUUUGUACUAAAUAUGACACAAAGAUAUGGAUGUCUCACUAUUUG